AAGCUUAACUUAUGGAACAUGGAGUGUCUAACACGAAUGAGGUGAAAUACAGAGGUGUAAGAAAGCGUCCAUGGGGGAAAUAUGCGGCGGAGAUACGGAACUCCGCCAGACAUGGUGCCCGUGUCUGGCUUGGAACGUUUAACACUGCGGAAGACGCGGCUCGGGCCUACGAUAGAGCUGCUUUUUCUAUGAGAGGUCAAAAGGCCAUUCUAAAUUUCCCUCACGAAUACCCAAUGAUGACAGACGGUCCAAGUGGCCGCAGCGAGAAUGUUGUGGCUUCUUCGUCGUCCCAGUUUAGUGGAACAGGCGGUAGUAGCGUGAAAGAAGUCAUUGAGUUUGAGUAUUUAGACGAUAGUUUGUUGGAAGAGCUUCUAGAAGGUGGAGAGAGUUAUAACCAGGACGAUCAGAAUGACGCAAACCAUUAAUUGUAGAUUUUCCUAGUUCUAUCAUAUUUUUUUUUUAUUGUUGGAGAAACUAGUACUAAUCAUGAUUUUAUCCAGGACGAUCAGAAUGACGAUCAAGGAAGGUUUUCUGUUUGUCACUUUUCGCGGGAAUUUUAAAUGACUAUUUUCUCAAAUGUUACUUGGUAUAGUAUUAUACAAUUUUGUAUUAUACAAUCAUGCUAGA